CGCGUGCUGGGGGCGACCUUGUCUCGCGCUCUCUUUCUCUGUGCGUGUCAUCGGGAACGAGGAUGCUCUCCAAAGUGUCGCGGGACAGCGUCGCGCGCUCCUCUUGCUUCUUCAGUUAAACGUGUACCGAGACGAUGUACGCUUCGUAGCGCCCUUAUUGCGCAUUCAUUGCACUGUGACGACUUUGGAAAACUUUUUUUUUUUUUUUUUUUUUAAAUUUUUUAUUUUUUAUUUUUUAAUUAAAAGGCCUGCUUCUUCUCCAGUACCAUGACCGGGGUUUUUGAUAGUCUCACUUCAGAUAUGCAUUCGAGCCAGAUUACCUCGAGCAGCUACCACAGCUUGCACAAGUCGCAGGAGUCCCCCACGCUGCCGGUGUCCACCGCCACGGACAGCAACUACUACACGAACCAGCAGGGGGGACACUGCGCCGGGGCGGCCUACGGGCAGCUCGCCCCGUACCAGCAGUACCAGCCCACGGCGGCGGUCAUGGCCAACGGCAGCGCCGCGCAGUACGGCGGCGGCAGCGGCAGCGGCGGCAAUAGCAGCAGCGGCAGCAAGUCGUACGAGCUCGGCUUCGGUGGCCCGUAUAGCGGCCCGUACCCGCCGUACGGCUCGAGCGCGUCCCCGAGCCCCGCGGACGCAGAAAAAGACGAGGGCGAAACCGAAAUUCGGAUCGUGAAUGGAAAGCCAAAGAAAGUGAGGAAACCGAGGACGAUCUACUCGAGCUUCCAGCUGGCCGCCCUGCAGAGGCGCUUCCAGAAGACCCAGUACCUGGCCUUGCCGGAGAGAGCCGAGCUCGCGGCCUCCCUGGGACUCACGCAGACACAGGUGAAAAUCUGGUUUCAAAACCGUCGCUCCAAGUUCAAGAAGCUGUGGAAGAACGGAGAGAUCCCCCCCGAGCAACAUGUGGCCUCCAGUGAGUCUCCCCCCUGCAGCUCUCCGCCAGCCCCCGUGGCCUGGGACUUCCCUCCGAACCAGAGAGUGAACGGUGUGAACCCGGGACUGGCCCAGAACAGCAGCACUUCUCCCAACUCCACCGGGCCUUCCUUCAUGGCGAACUACUCCUGGUACAACUCCACGAACUCCACAGCUCACCUCCAAGCCAACCCUCUACUACAGCACAACUCCACUGUGAGCACGGGGCCCAUAUUCUGACGCUGGAAGGAACAUUUUUAUUAACCACCUGGGUACUUUUUUUUUUUUGUAUGUGGACUUGAACUGUAAAGUGACAUUUUGAGGACAGAGACAAAAACUCUGGCGUUUGACACUAUUGAUGUAGGUGCCACUUUGUGUAUUCCCUCCCCUGCCCUGGUUUUCCAAAACUUUGCAAAUGGCAUGUAACGUCUGCUGGGCGAAUAUGCAAAAAUUUAAAUUAUUUUUUUGUAUUUAUUUAUUGUAUUUGUUUUGGAUUAUGGAAAUAUGGGAAAAGACUGAAAUCCAAAACAACGAGGGAGUCUUUUUAUUGUGAUAUGCAUUUCAGGAGAGGACAGACCUCGGUGACAUCUCAAGUACAAUGCUUUGCACCGACAAUGGCAUCAAUAAAUCAAACAUGUAGCACCCUUUA